AUGGCAGCUCCGCCUUCAACUCCACCACAAAGUGAUCCUCUCACGCCAAAUGACAACGAUAGUCCCGAAAGCCUAUCAUCAGAAGAUUCAAUCGAUCCAAGUUUACUCGACGAAGAAGAAACCCCACUAGAAGAAGGGGUCGCAAAUAAUAUAGUGGUGCCAUCAAAACAGCAACACGCCGUCGGUGGACCUGGACCAGGAUACAACGCUCUAAAGACUUAUCAAGGACAACUCUAUAGCGGAAUGGCAGUCGGGAGCUCACUUACAUGGAAAUAUGAGCCCGGAACGUGGAAAGAAACAAUGGAAGAGCCUUAUCGGUGGAGAAUCGAUUACCAGACCAAGAAGUUACGCGCGCGCAAUGCGCCCAAGGGAAGUGGUGCGCCUGUGGGCACGGAAUAUCACUGGUUGAUUGUUGGACAUCAGCAUGUGCGCAAAAUUGAUGCCAAUUCCUACGAAACACACCUGACAGGAUCGAACUACAAAUUGGCGCAUAAAUCAGUGUCAUCGACCUCUUGGUCGAUUCCCGCGGUGCAGGGUCAACGGGAUCGGGAAAUUGAAUUACUACAGGAUGCUCAGCGUCGAAUGUAUGGUCUUCCAUCUGUGUUGGCUAGUGAAAAGGUCCAGGUGGAGCAUAGGAAGAAGGGUCAAUUAAGUCUUGACUCACUAUUCAAACCGAUUGCCGGGUCGGAUGCCGGGUCGGAAAAGACAUCUGGGUCUGUGAAGAGGAAGCGUGCGUAG